AUGCUUGGCGUGUCCCCCGUCCACGCUAGGGAUUUGGGAUUGCUAGAAGCGCUCGAUGAGCCCCCACACUUCCUGACUGUGUCCCUCUGAGGGAGUUACGAGUGGCUGCCGCUGCGGGCACCGCUGGGCUGCCGGAGCCGGGCACAGCCUCCAUCGGGGCUAUCGGGACUCCGGGUCCUGCCGUUCUACACCCGCACCGCCGCUCCGCAGCCCGCACACCGCUGCCGUCGGGGCUCGGGGCCGGGGUCGGACGCGGGGAGGAGGCGGCGGCGGCGGCCCCCGGAGCCUGGCCCGCCGUCAGGGGAACCAAUGCGGAAUUUCCUGGCUGCCGGCGGGGCCCCUCCCGCCGCCGCCGAGAGGGGCGCGGGGGAGGCGGCGGCGGCGGCGGCGGCGGCGGCGCGGAGCUCGCACUGCAGUUUCCGUCCGCCGAGAGCGGCCGUCGGGCAGGGCAAGGCAGGGCAGGGCAGGGCGGCACCGGGCACCGCGCAGCCGAGCCGAGCCCCGUAUGGGAUGGGCCGGGUCGGGCCGGGCCCCGCCGCGCCGACGGCCAUGGCGGCCCUGGGGCUGCGGCCGCCGCGCCCAAAAGGAGCCGCGGUGCCGCUGCUGCUGUUGGCGGUGCUGAGCUGCGGAGCCGCGCAGGAGCUGAGCCCACGGGGCAGGAACGUGUGCAGGGCUGCAGGCUCCUCGGUGCUCGUGUGCUGCCCAGGAUGGAGGCAACAAGGAAGCGAGUGUCUGAUAGCCGUCUGCGAAGGGAAUUUCACCUGCAAGGAGAACGAGGUGUGCGUGAGACCCGGCGAGUGCCGCUGCCGCCACGGCUACUUCGGUGCCAACUGCGACACCAAGUGUCCCCGUCAGUUCUGGGGCCCCGACUGCAAGGAGAUGUGCAGCUGCCACCCCAAUGGGCAGUGUGAAGAUGUGACGGGUCAGUGCACCUGCAACCCCAACCGCUGGGGCCCCAAAUGUGAGAACAUCUGCCUCUGCAAGCACGGCAAAUGCGACCAGAAGACGGGCAAGUGCACCUGUGAGCCCAACUGGUGGGGUCCCCAAUGCUCCAGCUCCUGCUAUUGCAGCCACAAUUCCCAGUGCGACCAGCAGACAGGAAACUGCCUGUGCCAGCCGGGCUGGUGGGGCCGUGGCUGUAACAACCAAUGCUCUUGCAACAACUCACCCUGUGAACAGUUCACCGGACGCUGCCAGUGCCGUGAGCGCACCUUUGGGCCCCGCUGUGACCGCUACUGCCAGUGCUACAAGGGGAAGUGCAACCAGGUGGAUGGCACCUGCACCUGUGAGCCGGGCUACCGCGGCAAGUACUGCCGUGAGCCGUGCCCAGCUGGCUUCUAUGGGCAAGGCUGCAGGAGGAGGUGUGGGCAGUGCAAGAGCCUGCAGCCCUGCACCGUGGCGGAUGGGCGCUGCCUGACGUGCGAGGCGGGUUGGAAUGGCACCAAGUGUGACCAGCCCUGCUCACCUGGUUUCUAUGGGGAGGGCUGCGAGAAGCUCUGCCCCCCCUGCAAGGAUGGCCACACCUGCAACCAUAUCAAUGGCAAGUGUUCACACUGCAACCCCGGCUGGAUUGGAGACAGGUGUGAAACCAAGUGCCGCAACGGGACGUAUGGGGAGAACUGUGCCUUCGUCUGCAGCGACUGCGUCAGCGGCGAAUGCCACUUCGAGACGGGCCGCUGCCUGUGCCGCGCCGGCUCCCACGGCACAUACUGUAACCUCACCUGCCCGCCCGGCCACUAUGGAGCCAACUGUGCUCAAGCCUGCAGCUGCCACGACGGUGCCUGCGACCCGCUGACAGGCGCCUGCCACAUGGAGGCCAACCAACGGAUGGGGGUGAUUGGGGCCGGAGCUCUGCUGGCGCUGCUGCUCAUCCUCCUGCUGUCGCUGCUCUGCUGCUGCUGCGUCUGCCGCAAGAAGGAUGAAGGGCACGGAGCAAAUCAGGACCCAGUGGCAGCCAAGAAGCCUCCGAGGCGCUUGUGUGGGCGCUUCAGCCGCAUCAGCAUGAAGCUGCCACGCAUCCCCCUGCGCCGCCAGAAGAUGCCCAAGGUCGUAGUAGCUCAUCACGACCUGGAGAACACACUGAACUGCAGCUUCAUCGAGCCACCUUCAGUGGUGGAGCAGCCUUCCCCGUCCUGGUCAUCCCGUGGUUCCUUCUCCUCCUUUGACACCACGGAUGAGGGGCCAGUGUACUGCGUGCCCCAUGAAGAGAGCGUGGGUGACAGCAGGGACAGAGCACCGUCCUCCAGCCCCGGUGAGAAGCUUGUGGCCCCAGCCAGCGGGGAGGAGGCAGCUGAGUACAGCUUCCUGAAGGAGACGGGCUCUGUCAAGGCCUUCCAUGCCGACAGCAGCGAAACACCCCUGCUCAAGUCCUCGGACAGCGAGCGCUCAUCCUGCGGGUCAGGCUCGGCCAGCGCCGCGCUCUAUGCCAAGGUCGCCCGCCUCUCCAAGCAUUCCAAGGAGGAGGAGGAGACAGCGCUGUCCCCAGAGAGAACCAAGCCCCGUCCUCCCGACCCGUCCACCAAGCCCAAGGUAUCCUGGAUCCACAGCCGUUACAACUCCAGCCAGUCCAACUCGCUGCCCAGCCGCUCCCCGGAGCCAGCAGCCGCCCGGCCCAGCAGCCCUGAGCAUGGCCAAGGUUUGGCCAAGAGGAAGAGGAGCCCCAGCGAGACGUCAGCUGGUGUGCAUGGCAAAGCAGAGGAGAAGGGCAGCGGUGGCACACGUGGCAAGGAGAGACCGCAGAAGCACGCCAAGGAGCCCGGUGUCCCCGAGGGCAAAGCCAACCUUGCCACAGAGCCCCAGUCGCCUUCAAAACCCAAGCAGAGGAGCAAGGCCAGCUCAGAGCAGAUGGAGAAUAUCAACGGGGCGGUGCAGAACGCCUUCAAAAAGAUGGGCGGUUUCCAUGCAGAGCGGCGGGCCGGGGAGGCGCCACGCAGCCCCAGUGCCGGCAAGCCGCGCUCCGACACUCUCCAUCCCCACCUGGCCUCCGAGGCGGCCACGCUGCUGGCAGCCCAGCUGAAGGAAAAGACUCAGAGCCUCAACAAGGCGGAGGGCAGCGCCCGGCCCAACGGGGUGGGGGCCCAGCGGGAGAAGCCCACUCCACCCCAAAAAGCCAAGCGUUCGGCAGCCGCCGGCAGCCAGAAGGCCAGCAAGCCCCUGCUGCCCACCUCUCCCAACCUGCAGAAACUGAUCCCCGUCACGGCCGAGCCGGCGGCUGGGGGCGAGCCCAGGCGGGUGGAGAAACAAACCGCGGUCAGCAGCCAGGACCCGGCUCCUCCGGGCGAGCAGACGGUCAAGAAGACACCCAUUAAAAAGCCCCCCAGGAAGAAGAGCCGAGAAGCCACCCUGGAGCCGCCCAAAGCAGCCGUGGUGCCCACGCAGACGGUGCCGUAAUGGGGAGCUGGGCACCUGGGAAGGACUUGUGGUGCCUGGACUGGAAGAGCCCCCAACCUCCUCAUUCCACAUCUCUCCCCUCAUCUCCUUUUCUCCUGUCAGCCCAUCUCCUCCGCUGUCCCUGGACCUGGUACCCCCCCGGCGCUGUGCUCUCCACGCAAGGAUGCAGGAGCCGGGGGCCCCCCCUUUUUUUGUAGCAGUAUUAUCGAUCGCAUAAGCAGUGCUUGUUGUACUAGACGUACCCAUGUUAUAUUCUGCAGUAACGGAGCCGCUCGCUUCCCACGCCCCACUCCACUCUGCCAGGUCCCCACCGCAGCGCGGGGGCAAAGGGGAUGGAUGACACACGGGGCCAUCGCCGGGGACAUCCCCGUGUCCUCACCCAGACCUCCCUGCACUGCCACGUCAGCUUCUCCCCUCUCGGAGGUGCAGCCCCCGGUGCCGCCGCACCGCUCCCAGCGUGGGGUCGAGCUGGUUUCGACCGAUGCCCCUGGCCCCAGGGCUGCUUGUGCUAGGAGCGGCAGCAGGAAAGCACUAUUUAAGGCCCGGGCUGCACAGCACUUGGGGAAGCUGUUGUGGCUUCAGGAGGGAUCUGGCCAGUGGAGUCAGGUAGAUGGGUUUGGUACGACAGAGCCUGGCAUCUCUGCAGAGCGCUUUUCUAAUAAAAGUGUAUUUCUUCCA